CUGAUGGAAUUGGGACGAAUGGGAUGCAGAAAGGGUCCAAAUGCGACGUGUCGGAAAGUCUCUGCACUGCAGUAUAGCUUGCGAUGAUUGCUACAAGCCGUGAUCUUCAGUGACAGAUGCACUGGGAGGAAGGAAAUAUGGCAUCGCGUGGCUAGAGUCUGUUCUUCUGUGUGCGGAAGUUUUCCUGUAGUAACACGCCUUAUCUCCAGACCAACAAGGCAGGAAGGAGAAAGCGUGUGCUUUUGGGUUUUUUUUGGCUGUCUGUUAAUAUCUCUUUCACCAGUGCAAACAUUAAAGCAGGAACUUCUACUAAAAGCUUUGAAAAGGAGUGGAUUACAUUGACUUCUGUCAUUGUGCUUUAAGUCUGCAGUGAUUAGAAAUUGAAAGUGCUGGUGAUUCAGCACUGUCCACCCACCUGUGGCUUUAUCCCUGUAGAUGCAAAUGUUUUUGAUCGAGUCCACACCCAGUACAAGGCUUUAUGUGGUUUAACCCACAUGAACCUGUUUGACAAAGCCUGAUUGUUACUGGCUAUGAGUUUGUAUAACUGAGUUGAUAUUUGCUUUGUGUGAAUCUGUCAUGACCAGUAUUGCACCAGCACUUUUAGUACCAUACUUAAAGCAACCCUAACAAAGUAGAGAGAACAUGUAAUUGGUGUUAAUUUGUUGACCGUGAUCUCUUAUUUUGGGAAUGAUAAUGCAUAGAAAACCAGAGAGACGUACCACUUUAUAAACAGCCUAACGUUAAGCACGAUUUUCAAAUUCUGUUUACAGUUACGUGUCCUAUAGGUAAGAAAAAUAACAGCAGAUUAGGGUUGUCACGAUACUAAAAAUCUAGUAGUUGAUACUCGAUACACGCAAAAGUACACGAUUCUCAAUACCAAAGUCGAUACCACUGUGUGGUUUAAAAAAAAAAAUUAAAACAUUUUUAAAAAUAAAAUUAAAAACUCUCCUGGAGGACAUCCUUCUCUGGCUAAUACUGGCAAAAAAAGAGAGGGGGAUUUUUUAGUUAUCAAACACUGACUAAUAAAACAGUGGAGGCUACAUGUGCUAAGGUGCACAACUAAACACACACACACCACUUAUACUUUGAAUGUAAGCAUUAGUUUAAAUUCACUGAUAUGGUGGCAGGCUAAAAAGAUUUAUUAAAAGCAUGAACGUUUGAAUAAUUAUUAGUGACAUUAGGCUACAUUUAGCCGGAAGGACACGGGGUGAAUGGCGAUGCAUGGUGCCCAUUCAGAGGUAGUUUAUAACACUGCAAUGUGUUAGCAUCGUUAACAAAUAACUGGCUAUCGCUAACAUUACAUGGAGCAUAACGUUAGCUGGUUUCACGACUACAAUGCCAGCUGCCUCAAACAAACAUAAUAUAGGGACCGUCUUUCAGGUGCUUCGCCAAAUUCCAGGUGUUUCCUCGCUUUGUUUGAAAUGAACGAUAGCAUAGUUUGCACACCGGCUUCAGAGUAUCAAUUAUAUGUUUGUUGUCAUCCGCCGCGAAUGCGAAGUAUUUUCAUAUUUGACUCUUACCACCUUUCGUCUCAACGAGUCGGGGCGGAGCUAAACCUGUCGUCGUCUUCUGUAGUUUUUCCCGUGUGCUUGUAGGCGUUCUUCUUCACCACUUGUGGACCGACUAAAACACUUACGCAUAUUUGCUGCCCCCUUCAGGUCCGGAAGAAUUGCAACUUCGGUACCUUCAUCACCAAUGGUACAAAUACUACUGCAGAAAAACAAAUACCGUCACGUUUUAAGAAUGUUGGUACCGAAGUAUCGGUUUUCGUGACAUCCCUACUGCAGAUUACUGAAAGUACAGAAUUAUGAAUGUGGGGAUUGGUUACAAAUAAAUUAGUGAAGGUAAGAGGCAGCCUAAAUAGAUUGAGCACAGAGUGAGCGCAAACUGAAGAAGAAAACGACAACAUGCAGACUAUAUCAUAAAGGAUUUUUUUUAAAUGGCAAAAAUGCACCAAAAUGUGAAUCAUUUUGCUGUGGUGUUCUGCACUGUCGUUUUUGUCUUUGCUUUGUACUCAGGCUGGGUAUUUCCUCCAAUCACAUGCAAUCAUGGCACGUCGGGGGAAAUAUUUAGCCAUAUUUAGUCUGAAGAAGUUUAGUAGUACUUCAUUUAUUAAUAGCUUAUAAUAUGUGAUGAGAGCAGGGCAAAAAGCAGGAAACGAGCAUGAUUAAUGAGAGACCGGUUACCAUGACAACCCCGCUGUAAACAAACAUGGUAACGAGUGUACUUUCAGGGUUGGGUUCUGUACAGUGAAAGUGAAUGAACUGUUCCAGUGCUGGGUUUUUACAGCAUGCUGAUGCAGUAAGUCAAAAAGCUCACACAUGCCUAUGAUUGAUGCCCUGAUGAUUGCCUACACGGUGGAGAUGAUCAGCAUUGAGAAAGUGGUGACCUGUGUGAAGCGCUUCUCUACCUUCAGCGCCUCUAAAGAGCUUCCCUUUGACUUGGAGGACGCCAUGAUCUUCUGGAUUAACAAGGUGAACUUGAAAAUGAGGGAGAUCUCUGAAAAGGAACACAAAGUGAAUCUUCUGGAUUCUCCCAGUCAUCAGAAGGUACGCUAUAGACGGGAACACGCCUCAGGUCGUCCGCUUCCCCACUUUCCCCUGCUGGAGGAUCUUAUGAGGGAUGUGUGUGAUGGUGCUGCCCUACUGACUGUAGUCCACUACUACUGCCCAGACCUUAUGAAGCUUGAUGAUAUUUGCUUGAAGGAAGUCACCUCAAUAGCAGACAGCCUGUAUAAUAUCCAGCUACUGAAGGAGUUUGCCAAUGAGUACCUAAAUAAAAGUUUCUAUUUAACACUAGAAGACAUGCUGUAUUCACCUCUGGUGCUCAAACACAAUGUGAUGGUAUUCAUCGCAGAACUUUUUUGGUGGUUUGAGUUUGUGAAGCCUGAGUUUGUCCACCCAAGGGAUGUGCAGGAAUUGAAAGAUGCAAGAGCAGUGACUCAAUCGAAGAGCUCCCGGCCCUCCGUGCCCAUCUCCAACGCUACCAAACGAAGCUUCCUGCUCUCACCUGGAACCGAUUCAGCUCAUCCUGUCCCAAACAGCCCAGAAGUGUGUAACAGGUACUUCCUGCACACUGAGGAAUCUGAUCUGUCUAAUAAAGGGAAUUCCACCUUCAGCCCCUCACAUCCACUUUUACCACUGAGACAGAGGCAGCAAAAAGCUCAGCAGGGAGAGGAUGUAUCAGGCUGUAGAAAUCGUUCUAAUUCGCUGACACAGGAAAGUCACUCUCGAGGGUCUGUGGCCUGGUCAGAAAAAAGACAAAGGCCACUCUCCCAGCUGAAUCGCUAUGUUCUCCACUGUGCCGUGGACACUGAUGCAGACUUGGCCUCAGGUGACAGUGCUAGCCUCACAUGCUCCAUCAGUGAGGACAGCCUGGCCUCUACUGUCACGCCCAUACACCAGGGUCAUCCAAGCCAGGGUGGUCCUCGACGAGUCAAUGGUAAUGGUCAUGGACUUCUUCUAAACGUUAACAUGGAUGAAGAAGAUGAUACGAUGACUGUUAUUCGGGAGGAGUCGUCUAAAAAUGAGGUUACUUUGUCAAACUCAUCGGAUGUAGAACACCGGUCUGCUACCCCUAGUGCUAAAACAAGCUCACGGGGAAGACAGGAGGAAUCUCCUUCAGAUUCCAGAACAGCCAGUUUCUACCUGGAACCACUGAUGCCUGCUGUCCUUAAACCAGCAAAAGAAAAGUCUGUAUGCUUAAAUAAGGAGGAAGAGUCAGGAGAGGUACGUCAGCGUGGGUCAGCACGGAGGGGUGGUGCUGGAGAGGGUUCCAACUCCUCAGCUAAGCGAAGACCUACAAACAACCUUAAUCGGACCUUCAACGCCAGCUCCAUCUCAGAUCUUGAGAUAGCUUCUGAACCCAAAUCCAAUGAAUCUGUGCCUCCCUCUGCUGGACAAACUCAUGCCUUCAGACACGCAGCCCCAAACAGUGUCGAGUCGUCUGCUGAACAUUCCCCUGGGUUCUACCUGCACUCAUCAGUGGCUGAAGACAAGAGGCCUGUUCAAGCUUGGGGUGUACUGCCUGACGACAACACAGAGACUGUGGAGACGAUUGAAGAUCAGGAUGCAGAACUAACCAAGGAACUUCAUCCACCUAAGAGACCGUUUUGUGAAGAGGAUCAGGAAUCUGCAAAGCUUCAAGAGGACCUGAGUGUGAAGGAGCAUGAGGAUAAGGAUGAAGGAAGUAGGUGCUCCAGCCCUGCUCUCAGUGUUCAGUCACAGGUCAGUAGUGUGGCUAGUGGCAGUGUGAGAAUGACUAGCUUUGCAGAGCGAAAGAUGCAGAAGUUUGGCAGCAAUCAAGACAUUCGCUCCAGCACCAGCAGCUCGCAAAGGACUACGCCAGAUGGUUCUGAGAUCUUCCCUUUUCCCCUCACCUCAUGGAGGGUGAAAAGGGACCAGAGUCCUACACAGCAGGGCAAGGACAACAACAAUAUGCUGGCUUCGGAGCUUGUACAGUUACACAUGCAGCUCGAAGAAAAGCGCCGUGCCAUUGAGACUCAGAAGAAGAAGAUGGAGUUCUUGUGUGCUAGGCAAAGGCUCAAGCUCGGAAAGGCUGCCUUCCUGCACGUAGUAAAAAAAGGCAAGAGUGACACACUCCCUCAGUCCUUCAGAUUAGACCACUUGAAAAAUGGCCAAAAGCUUAAUGGAGAAAAAGAGCAGUCAUCGAAAGACGACUCCUGUCUUGAUGCUGUGAGGGAUACGGUGAAAGGCACUGAGGAGCCAGAGAAGGCAUCCCUUGAGUGGGGGAGUGCAGCUGCUACACCAUCUAGUGCCUUAGACGUAGAUGAGGAAAUAGACCUUAAUGAGUGUAACCGCUCCAUAGAAAUGCUUAAUGAGGCCAUCAGCAGCAUUCAGCAGCAGAUGAUGCAAUUGUCUCUCCAGCAGGACCUACUUAUGAAGCAAAACGUCCAGUCUCCUCCAGGUGCUGCCCCACCCCCUAUCGAUGACCGAGGAAAUUUACAUGAACCAAAGGUUCGAGCAGCUGUUCAUUUUGUAGAGCCGAGUGGCAGCCCUGCAGUUCGUAAGCCCCCCAAGCUGACCUCUGCACGGUUACGCUCCAAACCCGCUGAGCUGAAGCUAUCCAAGGACUACAGCAAAGGGCAGAAAAUAUCUACACCCACUCCCGUUGACAGUCCCACUGCUAGAGUGAGUCCAGGAGGCAGGACCCCCAAAGCAGAGCCUGAGACAGUCAGUCAGACUGAUGCGACACUAACGAAGACCACAUUCCAUCUCCAUGACGAAGCUAACUUGCGUACAGUCUCAAGGGAACCGAGCUCUGUUGCACUCGGAGUGACUUACGAUGAAGGUAUGCCUAGUACGUUACAGAACCCUGAGGAAUCCUUUGACAUUGGUCCUGGGAUUGAGAACAGCUCCUGCAACAAGGCCAAUCUGGUCGAUGUGGACUUGUCAGACAUAGCCCAGUCAGAUGAGCACAGUUCUAAUGUAUUAGAAGUACCUACUGAUGCACUGGAUGGAGAAAAGAAAACUGGCAUGGGCUUUUUCUUCAAGGAUGAGCAGAAGGCAGAGGAUGAAAUGGCCAAAAAGCGUGCAGCAUUUCUCCUGAAACAACAGAAGAAGGCAGAGGAGGCUCGGCUACGCAAGCAGCAGCUAGAGGCAGAAAGUGAGCUUAAGAGGGACGAAGCCAGGAGGAAAGCUGAAGAAGAGCGGAUGAGAAAAGAGGAGGAGAAAAUCAGACGAGAGCUAAUAAAACAAGAGUACCUGAAAAGGAAACAGCAAGAGUUGUCUGAAGAGCAGGAACAGCCUAAGCCUAAACCCAAACCCAAGCCCAGGAAGCAGAGACCAAAGUCUGUGAUGAAGGAAGAGCUUUCCACAGAGACACUUCCAAAGUGCACUCCUGCUAAUGAGAACCUGAUGAGUGCCCAGUCUGGCUCUAAUCUCUCACUGGCCUCUGUGGCCACUACCGAAGCAGACAGUGUGAACUCGGGAGGUGCAGGAUCUCAGCGGGGGGAAUCCGUGGAGUCGUUUUCAGUCCUCAGUAGGACAACCGAGCGCGACUGGGACAACGGUUCUACUGCGUCUUCCAUUACAUCGACGUCUAUGGCGGAAUAUACUGGGCCAAAACUUUUCAAGGAGCCAAGUGCAAAGUCUAACAAGCCGAUAAUCCACAAUGCUAUUUCUCACUGCUGCUUGGCCGGAAAAGUAAAUGAACCACAGAAGAACGCCAUUCUAGAGGAAAUCGAGAAGUGCGAGUUGAACCACUUAAUGAUUCUCUUCCGUGAUGGUGGCUGCCAGUUCCGUGCACUCUACUCAUACUUUCCUGACACCGAGGAGAUACACAAGCUCACUGGCACAGGGCCUAAAAGCAUCACCAAGAAGAUGAUUGAUAAGCUUUACAAGUACAGCUCAGACCGCAAGCAGUUCACAGUCAUACCUGCCAAGACCGUGUCGGUCAGCGUGGACGCCCUGACCAUUCACAAUCACCUCUGGCAGGCCAAGCGGCCUGCUGUGCCAAAAAAGAGUGCAAAAUGAAACUUUUGGGAACUGUAAUCAAGGGACACUCUUGUACCUACUGUAUGUUUGGAAAGACGAUAAAGAUGUUCACAACCAACUUCUCUUCUUGUUUUGUGCUGCACCAAGAGUGGCUGUGUACAAGUGAAUGUCUGGACAGUCAACAUGCUCCUUGUUUGAUCUGUACAUGGUGGAGGUUUUGUUCUGUACCUGAAGCCUGUGGCAUUUUUAUUGAUUGAGUUCUUGUUACUUGAAAUACAUUUUCAGUUUGGCAAGCUCACGCACAGCAGAGCUUUCCUUUCUGAUCGGCAGAUGUUUUGUCUUUUUACUCUAAAAUACAGACUGAGACAGCUGCAUCGAGAAGGUCUGCUGCUUAUGAAGAUCAUAACUCAAAUUCAUGUAGAAAAGUAUUUGCAGAGUUGGCUGACAUUUUUCUCUCUCUCUCUCUCUCUCUCUCUCUCUUUCUAUCUUCUCCCACCCCCCCUCCCAAAUCAUGCUGCUUUGAAAUGUCUUCUGUAUCCGUCACUGUAUGACAAUCCCAGUCAUACAUGUUGUUGGCCUUCACACAUCGUCGUGGUACUAUUGUCUAUUUAUUCAGCGCUUACAAAGCAAUUCAGCUGUAGCACUGCUGUAUAGAACUAAGGUGGACUUUUUUUAAAAAAAAUAUUGAAUGAAAUAGGCUUUGGUACAUGUCUCAGAUGCUCUUUUGUUUUGCUACUCUAACUCUACAGGUAGUGAUUUCUCCACUGGACAGCUGCGUCCUUUACAACGGUGCACUCAUGAUUGUUUUAGUGCUUUAUUCAUGCAAUGUAACCACGAGUGAUGUCGUCUCUGAAGCUUUGUUUCUCAAUGCAAAAGAGCAGCAUGCUCUAUUCUGAAGAGUGUCGCUGUAGUUUGAAUGACAGUAUUUAAUAUAUUCAUAAUCGGUUACUUCCUUUGCAGUUGCUGUCUAAUUAUUUACCCGUGUUUGAAACAUUCCUUGGAGACAGGAGAAAAAAAAGGUGUCAACACUGCCGCAUCCUAGUUUUAAACGUUUAAAACUUUUUUUUUUUUUUUUUUUUUUUUUGAGUUGGGGGUCAAGAACAAAAUAGUGUUGCACAUGCACUUUACUUCUUUAGAAAAAGUGAUUAGUUAGGGAUUGAAGGGCGCACAAGACUUGUGCUCAAAAGAAUUGGCAUUAAACUGCUUAGUACACUAAAAAUCUUCAAACGGACACUAAUUUAAUUCAGGUGAGCAAAACUAAUGGCCCCGUAAAAGCUCUUUAAACUACUGCUUUUCAGAAGGUGUACUUCAGACGUUGGGUCUCUAAUACGUUGCUGCAUUUGUUUACUUUUAAAUUACAGUUUUGUAUUGUCUGUUUAUAUAUCCUCUAAAAAUUGUACUGAUUUCACUCACCAUUCUUUUAAAACACUGUACUUUUGCUCAUUUUACUCUCUCCACCUUACCAUUAUUUAUUUUAAACGUAGGCACUGAGAAUUGAAUAAAUUUUCAAUAAAUUCA